GAUUCCCCCCCCCCAUCCCCCGCCUGUCCCCUCGCCACCGAGCCGGGCGUCCUCGGGCACAUGGGGCUGCUCUAGGGUCUGUGCCACAAACAGCUAAUCACUGCCACAAUGACAUCUUCAAGCUCUGCCCAGCAUCCAGCAGCUGAGAAUGCCUGCAGAAUCACUCUUGGACAAGCUAACCAGGUGCGACCCAAACUGCCACUUCUGAAGAUUCUGCAGGCUGCAGGUGCCCAAGGAGAAACCUUCACGCUGAAAGAGGUUAUGCAUCACCUAGGACAGUAUAUAAUGGUGAAGCAGCUGUAUGACAAAAGACAGCAACACAUGGUGUAUUGUGGAGGAGAUCAGCUGGGAGAACUGCUGGGACUGGAGAGCUUCUCUGUAAAAGAUCCAAGCCCAGUCUAUGAAAUGUUGAAAAGGAACCUGACUUCUGCUGCAAUGACAGAUGCUGCACAGAAUCUCGCAAAGGAACAGAGCGUCGAUAAGCCAAGCCAAGACCAGCUGAAGUUUAGCCCGCAAGAAGGUUCUGAUACUGUCAUCAGAGAAGGUGAAAGCAAUACAUCUGCUGUGUCUACCUCAGAGCACAAAUGUGAGAAUUAUGGAGACAAAGACUUAAUAGAAAACCUCUCUAAAAGCAAGAAGCCUAAACUGGACCUAGUGUUUGAGGAAUGGGAUGUAGCUGGUCUUCCGUGGUGGUUUUUAGGCAACCUCAGAAGCAAUUACAAGUCCAGAAGUAAUGGAUCAACAGAUAUUCAGACUAACCAGGACAUAGACACUGCCAUUGUUUCAGAUACUACUGAUGACUUGUGGUUCCUCAGUGAAAGUCCGUCGGAUCAGACCAGUGCUGCAGUCAAAGUGGAAACAGCUGACUGCGAGGAAGUGAAAGAAGGUGACAAAAAGGUGACCGAGGAUGCAUGUUUGCAUGACUUUGAGGAUUCUCAGUACUUAAGCGAUGACACGGACACAGAAGCUGCCUCUGAGGACUGCUGGCAAUGCACCAAAUGCAAGAAAUUUAACUCUCCAGGCAAACGGUACUGUUACCGCUGCUGGGCCUUACGGAAGGACUGGUACUCAGAUUGUCCCAAACUGGCUCAUUCUCUUUCUCUGUCCAACAUUGAUGCUAUGCAAAACAAAACCGAUGAUGACGGGAUAGAUGUCCCGGAUUGCCGAAGGACUAUUUCUGCUCCAGUUGGCCAACCUAAAGACAUGUUCGUGGUAGAAAACAAAUUACGCGUAGAUCCCUGCAGCUCUAUUGAGUCUUUGGAUUUGGCACGAGAAUGUGAAAGCAGGGAGUCUCUGUUGCAUUUCACUGAACACAAAAAGGAGGAAGAAAUACAGUCUUUAGAGAGCAUAAAAAAAUUACUGAAUCCUUGCUUCUUAUGCCAUCACAGACCACGGGAUGGGAAUAUUGUCCAUGGAAGGACUGCUCACCUUGUGGCCUGUUUCAAGUGUGCAAAGAUGUUGAAGAAAAAGAGAUCACCUUGUCCAGUGUGCAGGAAAGAGAUUGAGAUGGUGAUCAGAAUCUUUAUGGGAUAGUUGUACCAGUUCAGGCCUUCUCUACUGAAAGAUAGCACAUGGAUUUUCUUGCACUCUACACAAACCCUGACUUCAGAGCUCAUCAGGCGAACACCAAAGAGAAUUAAGAUUCCGAACUGACCGCAAACACCGAGGAAUCAAUCCUCUGCAUCAAAUGAAGUAGCAUCCAUAUUUUUUUUUUGUCUGUUUAAAUGAAAACCUGUAGGGAGCAGGCAGUAAUGAGCAUGUCGGUAUCAAUGCCCUAGCUU